AUGAUAGAUGUGUAUACUGAACAUGGUAGUACAAGUAUACCAUCAUAUUUGCCUAUACCAGCUGCAUGUUUGGUUAUUGAAGAAAUUAAUGAAGAGGAGGACAAUGGAAUAGUAGGGAGUGUUAUAAGCAAUGAUGAUAGUAAUGUUAAUGCAGAUUCUAGGAAUGUUAAUGUAGAAAAUAAUAAUGAUAAGGGUGAGGAUGUUAAUGCAGAUUGUGAGGAGGGUGUCAAUGUAGAUGAUAGAAAUGAUAAAAAUGAUAAGUGUGAGGAUGUUAAUGUGGAUUGUGAUGAGAGUGUUAAUUUAGAUGAUGGGGAUGAUCAUAUAACAGAGGAGGAUAGUGAGAGUGAUUACAUUGUUGAUAAGGGAAACAAUAUGGAUGAUCGUCAAGUGGAUAUGAAGAACUAUAAGUUGAAUAUUGAUGUGGGUGUGGUUAACAAUAUCAAAGUUGUUGACAAAUAUGAUUUUAAUGAGGAAGUCUUGGAAAAUGAGACCUUUGACAGUGGACCAGAAUCUGAUAAUGAGGCUAAUAGUAUUAGAAGGCAUAGUUUAAGGGUCAUUAAAAAUACUCAAGGUUUGUUAGAAGUCAAAGGAAAAGAUAAGGGUCAACAGGAAAAGAAAGGCAAAGAUGAGGGGCUAAAAGAGAAUGACAUUAAAGAUGACAAAGUUAAUAUCGAGGGAAAUCAUGGUAUACCGAUCAAAGCUGUACAGGAACAGUUCCAGAGGAGGUAUGAGUUGAAUGUGUCUAAAAUGAAAGCAUACAGGGCCAAGAUCAAGGCAAAGAAACAGGUACAAGGGGAUUAUAAGUCACAAUAUACUUUGCUGAAGUCAUAUGUAGAUAAACUGUUGAAUACAAACCCUAGGUUAACAAUUAAGAUUGAGGUUGAACCUGUAAAAAAUUCAAGUGAUAACACCAGAAUCUUUAAAAGGAUAUAUGUAUGCUUGGGAGCUUUGAAACAUGGAUUUAAGGCUAUAGGAAGGGAACUGUUAGGUUUGGAUGGAGCUUUCAUGAAUGGUCCUUACCCUGGUCAGAUCUUAUCUACUAUUGGUGCUGAUCCAAACAAUAAUAUCUACCCUGUAGCUUAUGCAAUUGUCGAGGCAUAG